GUUUUUCGCGAGUCGCGCCGCUGGGCUGUCAGCUCCAUUUUGCUGUGGUGCCCUUGCCGUGAGUUGUGCGCUUCGGAAGGCCGCGUCCAGGUUUCGUCUCCCUGGGGUUGGAGUCUUAGCAGGACGAUGAGGCACUCAAAGAGAACCUACUGCCCGGACUGGGAUGAAAAAGACUGGGAUCGUGGAAAAUGGAGAAGCAGCAGCAGUCAUAAAAGAAAGAAGCGAUCGCACAGCAGUGCUCGGGAGCACAAGCGCUGCAGAUACAAUCCCUCUAAGACAUCGGAUAGCUAUUACUUGGAAAGCAGAUCUAUCAUUGAGAAAGACUAUCAUAGUCGGCGCUACAUUGAUGAGUACCGAAAUGACUACAGUCAAGGGUAUGAACCAGGACAUGGCCAUGGAGACCAUGAAAGCAGAUAUCAGAACCAUAGUAGCAAGUCCUCUGGCAGAAGUGGAGGAAGUAGUUAUAAAAGAAAACACAGAACUUCACAUCAUCGCUCACAUGGGAAGAGUCACCGAAGGAAAAGAACCAGGAGUGUAGAGGAUGAUGAGGAGGGUCACCUGAUCUGUCAGAGUGGAGACGUACUAAGUGCAAGAUAUGAAAUUGUUGAUACUUUAGGUGAAGGAGCUUUUGGGAAAGUCGUGGAAUGCAUCGAUCUUAAAGCGGGAGGUAGACAUGUAGCAGUAAAAAUAGUUAAAAAUGUGGAUAGAUACUGUGAAGCUGCUCGCUCAGAAAUUCAAGUUCUGGAACAUUUAAAUACAACAGAUCCCCACAGUACUUUCCGCUGUGUCCAGAUGUUGGAGUGGUUUGAGCAUCAUGGUCACAUUUGCAUUGUUUUUGAACUACUGGGACUUAGCACUUACGACUUCAUUAAGGAAAAUGGUUUUCUUCCAUUUCGACUGGAUCACAUCAGGAAGAUGGCAUAUCAGAUAUGCAGAUCUGUGAAUUUUUUGCACAGUAAUAAAUUGACUCAUACAGACUUAAAGCCUGAAAACAUCUUGUUUGUACAGUCUGACUACACAGAGGCAUAUAAUCCCAAAAUGAAACGAGAUGAACGUACCCUGAUAAAUCCAGAUAUUAAAGUUGUAGACUUUGGAAGUGCAACAUAUGACGACGAACAUCACAGUACAUUGGUAUCUACAAGACAUUACAGAGCACCUGAAGUUAUUUUAGCCCUAGGGUGGUCCCAACCAUGUGAUGUGUGGAGUAUAGGCUGUAUUCUUAUUGAGUACUAUCUUGGAUUUACAGUAUUUCCAACACAUGAUAGUAAGGAGCACUUAGCAAUGAUGGAAAGGAUUCUUGGACCUCUACCAAAACAUAUGAUACAGAAAACCAGGAAACGUAAAUAUUUUCAUCAUGACCAGUUAGAUUGGGAUGAACACAGUUCUGCUGGCAGAUAUGUUUCACGGCGCUGUAAGCCUCUGAAGGAAUUUAUGCUUUCUCAGGAUGCUGAACAUGAGCUUCUCUUUGACCUCAUUCAAAAGAUGUUGGAAUAUGAUCCAGUCAGAAGAAUUACUCUCAAAGAAGCCUUAAAGCAUCCUUUUUUUCAGCCACUAAAAAAAGCUACAUAGAUGUAUGAUUAUAUAGUUCUCUUAAAGAGAUCUUACAGACUGUAUCAGUCUAAUUUUUAAAUACUAAGUUAUUUUGUAUAGCUUUGUAAAUUAAAUUUUGUAUUGCCAUGUUUGUUUUGUUUGGAUGAUUUGAUACGUUAGUACAUAGCUCAGUAAAGUAACAAAUGUCUUUCAGUAAUUAUAAAAUGAUUUACUCAGAAUAAACCUUUUGUGCUUAUGAAAUUUAUAUGAAUCUGUACAAUUUGGUUUUGGCACUGUUUUUCUUCCAUUUCAGUGGAUUGUGAAAAUUUGCACUUAGGCCUUCCUUCUCUAAGAUAAUGAAACCAAAUUAAAGGUCACAAAGAAAUAGAAGUUAGCCAAGAAAGUUUUGUUCUCUAUUCCUGUUAAAAGUAUAGUAUGGCUAUUUGGGGGUCUGCCUGAGUGGGAUUCUACCAAUGACUUCAGAUCCUCUGUUCCUUCAUGGUUAAUAACUUGCAGAAUCCUUUGCAGCCAAGUUUCUGAAUAAUCAAGGUACCUAUAAUGAGGCAAUUUUUUUGUUUUAUUUGUGCUUGAUAAUUGUGGCACCCCAAACCUUAGUCAUUUUUUUUGGCUUUGGUGUGUACUUAAAAAAAGUGGGGGUGUAGGAGGGUACUGGGGAUUGAACUCAGGGCCUUAGGCUUGCUAGGCAGAUGUUCUGCCACUGAGCUGCUCUGUCAGCCACUUUCUGUAUUUGGUAUUUUUCAAGAUAGGGUCUCACUAGGAGCCAUAGUGCCUAGCCUUUAUUAUAGGUAUAUUUACAACAUUGUUUCCGUGCUUGACUCUUACCUUAUAAAACUAAGGAUUAUAUUAGCUAUUUCAAAGUCAUACAUGUUAUUAAAAGAGAAAAAUGGAACACAGCCUAAUAUCUACAUGAGCUAUUUCUUCUGGGACAAGGGCAUACAUAUCCUAUUUGGUACUCUGUUAUUUCGAUCCCAUGCAAUAAUUUAGGUUGUAAGGUGGUUUUUUAGGAAGUGAGGUAUGGUGUUGGAAUUAGAACCCACGGCCCCACAUACACUAAGCACUCUGUAACCCAGCUCCAGUAGUUAAUUACAUUGGAGCCAUGUACACCUAUUAAUACCAGCAUUCAGGAGGCUGAGGCAAGAUGGGAAGUUAAGAGGUCAGCCUGCUACACAUAGCAAGACCCUGUCUCAAAUUCUGGGCUGCAGAUAUAAUUCAGUGGUAAAGUAUCUGCCUAGCAUGUGCAAGACCCUAGGUUCAAUCCCCAGCACUGGAAAAAUUUUCAAUGUACAGAUUUCCCUGAAAUCUUUUAGGCCCUAAGUUAAGAUGUGCAACCUGUAAAAUGACAACCCUAACUGCCAUAAAUUGUAUGCUAUAUUCAUAAUUCUAAAUACCACAUUAAAUUUUGCCAAAAAAGGUUGGAUAAUACCUGUGUUACAAUUCCUAGGGCUAGCCUAUGAUCUAGGUUAUAUGUCUGGCUUGAAUCCCAGCUACUGGGGAGGUAAAAAUUGCAGUUUGAGGCCAGUGCAGGUGAAAAGCAAGAG